AUUCUACCAUAAAUUAAAAUUUUAAGCUAGAAAAAAUUAAAUAGUCAUAAAAUAUACGACAAAAUAUAACCUAGGAUAACCGAAACAGGGAAUAGUGCCGUAAUCUUCUCUUCUCUCCUCACGCUGCGUCUCGAAGCGUCUCUUACCGUCCCAAGAGGCAGGAGUGCAGACACCCGGCAGGAUGGCUUAUAGACCUCAGGAUGUCCAACGCAUUCAGGGGUUCAUCAAGGCAUGCAAGGAGGACCCAAACAUAUUACAUGAACCUCUCAUGUCUUUCUUCAAAGACUACUUGUUGAGCCUUGGGGCAACCAUCCCCCCUCCCACUGGACGCUCUCGUGCCUUCACCCGCCACUCUCCUUCUCCACCCCUGAGUGAUACCUACAUUGAUUCAUCAGAGGAGGAAGAGCAAGAGAAAAAGAAGGAGGAGAAGGAACAGGAGAAGGAGGAGGAGAAGGAGGAGGAACUGGUGGAGAGUGAAGUGGAGCUGGACAAUGAAGGUGUUAUUGAGCCAGAGACAGAGGACCCACCAGAGUUUGGAGAGCCGGAAAAGAUAGUGAGUGAGGAGGACAUGGAAGCCUCGCAGGAGAAGCGCUCUGAGGCGAUGGUGGCGAUGUCUGAUGGUGACCUGCAGAAAGCGGUUGACCUCUUCACAGAAGCCAUCAAGUUGAACCCAGAUUCUGCCCUGCUGUAUGCCAAGCGUGCCAACAUCCUCCUGAAGCAGAAAAGGGUAAAGGCCGCCAUCCGGGACUGUGACGAGGCGCUCAAACACAACCCAGACUCUGCCUCCGCCUUCAAGUUCAGGGGACGAGCACACAGACUGCUGGGGAACUGGCUGGAGGCGGCGAGGGACUUGAGAACGGCCUGUAAGCUGGACUUUGAUGAGCAGUCCGAUGAAUGGCUCAAGGAAGUGCAGCCUAAUGCCACCAAGCUGGAGGAACACAACCGCAAGUAUGAGCGUCAGAGGAAGGACAAGGAGCUGAGGGAGAAGCAGGAACGCAUCCGCAAGGCUCAGGAGGAGGCCAAGAAGGCCCAGGAGAAACAAAAGUCCAGGGGUCCGUCCUUCAGUUACAGUGAUGCUGGGGGACCCCGAGGUGGUGGUGGCUUCCCAGGGAAUCUCUUCAGUGAUCCUGAAAUUAUGGCUGCCAUGCAGGAUCCUGAGGUGGCAGCAGCCUUCCAAGACGUGUCCUCCAAUCCUUCCAACAUCUUCAAGUACCAGUCAAACCCCAAGGUUGCUGCCGUCAUCAACAAACUCAUCUCCAAGAUUGGUGGCGGAGGAAUGCCUGGUGGGAUGGGAGGAAUGCCAGGAGGGAUGGGAGGAAUGCCAGGAGGGAUGGGAGGAAUGCCUGGGGGGAUGGGAGGAAUGCCUGGAGGGAUGCCUGGAGGAAUGGGAGGAAUGGGAAUGCCUGGAGGGAUGGGGAUGCCUGGAAUGGCUGGUUUCCCUGGUAUGGGUGGGUUCUCUGACCCUAGUGGUGCUUCAGGGUCACACAGCACCCCAGGGGCUGGCAGCACCUCUGGGUCUGGUGGCUCCACAGGGGACAGCAAACCUUCAAACAUUGGUGAUGACUUGGAUUAAGGAAAGCAGGAGCCAGGUGUAGCUCCUGCCGGGGUGGGUGAAGAAGCAAAGGAGUCAUGGUGUGUUCAACUGGAGAAGUCUAUAAGCAUUCUCUGUUUCCUCUUGUCCCUUUCCAGUUAACUGGGUUAUGCUGUCUUGUGUAGCCAUCUGUUCUUGAUUCCAGAAUUACCCUGAACCUUCCCUCAUAUCAGAUGUCCUUGUUUGGGGAAGUGAUACAUGAGUUUACUAUGCUAUAAUAUAGAAGCUUUCCAUCAUACUUGAACUCACACAUGUUAAAUGCACUGUUUCUUUUUGAUGGGGGGAUGUGAUUUUCUUAUAUACCUUUUUCUUCAAAUUAUAAUAAAUGAUUUUCUCAUA